AUCAAUAACCACACAUUAGGGUUUACUCAUUAUAUUGCACAAAUACUGUUAAAAAAAUAGCCAACCCAAAGGUCUGAGGUCAAAAUCAGAGCUGUGUCCAGGACUUUUAAAACGGGGUGGCCCAUGUGGGGCACUUGUUUAUGCAUCGGUGGCACCAAUGGUUAUGCUUAUUUAUUUAUUUACUUACAGAAAUCGUUUAUUUAUUUAUUUACUUUCUAGUGAAUUUUGGAGUUUCACAUUGCACCAUCACCAUUUUUUUCCAUUCAUCUUCUAGUUUUGUGGUGGUUAGCAAGUCACUUCUUGUUGCAUUAUUGCCACCAACUGGAGUUGAGUGGGACUCUAAAUACUAUUUAUGUGAAUAUGAAAAAAAUAAUAAAUAAUAUUAAUACUACAGAAAUGUUCUGUAGGCCUGGGCUAGAUAACAAUGUUAAAGGUGCAUGCUACCAUACACUAUUUUUGGAGUUUACAACCCAAGCCUUUUGUCGACGAUGUAAAGUCAAUUUAAACUGGAACUUAGUAGGGUGGCACCUGGGGUGGCCAAUCAGAUUCUAAGGGUGGCAUGUGCUACCCCAGGCCACUCCCUGGACACGCCCCUGGUCAAAAUCUUGAAUGCAAAUUAUUUUGAGUGGAUUGAAAUCUUAAAACAAAAAUAAAAAUGGUGGAUCUGCAGUUUUCUGGAAGAUUCUAAUUUUUUCCCAUUCAUUUUUAGAGGAGAAUAAAGUAAAUUAGCUCUUUAAUUUGAAUGAAAAUGGUGUCAAAUUACAAACAAAUAACUGAACUGCGCAACAGGUCUCUCUCUGCUUCCUGAUUGGUUAGUCACUGUCUGCAACCAGCCUUCUUUCUGCAGGGAGGAAAUGACAAAAUAAGGCAAAACAUGAACUUUUAUGAAAGCGAGUCAAUCAUAAAACACGGUGAAGCAUGUCUGCAGGGAGCACCCACACGGACCAUGCAUGUCCAGCUGGAGCUGCUUUUGUCUCCAACACUUUAAUGAGUGAUGAAGAAUCUGACUGGUCUCCGAUUCACGAUGUAGUCUUUAACGGAAGAAUCCUCACUCUGCAAAAACUCAUCACACAGGGAGUUUGUGUAAAUCUGAGCACUCUGGACCGACUCUCCCCCCUACACACAGCAUGUAUGCAAGGCCACACACACUGUGCCAAGUUCCUGGUGGAAAACGGAGCAAAUGUUAACAGUUCUACCGUGGAUGGGCGGACAGCCUUAACAGAAGCGUGUUCCAAGGGUCAUGUGGCCUGUGUGUUGCUGCUUCUCCAACAUGGGGCGAGCCCCCAGGGGAGAGACUGGUCCAGCUCUCCAAUCCACUGGGCUGCAGCUAAAGGUCAUCCUGAGUGUGUUAAAGCUCUUGUGCAGCACAGAGCAGAUGUGGAUCAGCACAUAGACAAAUUAGGAUCUCCUCUCCACCUUGCUUGCACCAGCCAGCAGCUGAGCACCGUGAGGAAGCUGCUGCAGCUCGGUGCUAACGUGAACCGAGAUGUUGCUGGGGAGUCACCUCUGCACACUGCAGCUAGACUAUCCAGCCCUGAGUUGGUGUCGGUUCUGCUUGAUCACGGGGCCGACCGCCUCCUUGUGAACUCGGAGGGAAAAAGGCCGCUGGACCUCACAUCUCCUGACAGCGAAACCUGGAGACUGUUGAAAGAAGCGGGUGGUAGUCAGACCAAGUGAGUCCAGUGAGAGGAAAGGGUGGGAGGGAGGAGCUGUCUUAUCCUCUAGAGCACUUAUCCACCAGGAAAACACACACACACACACACACACACACACACACACACACACACACACACACACACAUGCACACGCACACGCACACGCACACACUUUAGGCUAUCAGUACCUCUACCAAUCAGACCUAAAGGAAUAUCUCAACCAUUCAAACCCAGACUCUUUGCCACACACAUCUUGGCCACUAGGGGGAGAUCUUGCACAAUCUUUUAGGUUUAAAAUCUUACAAUCCAUAAAAGCUAAUUUAUUAUGAAUAAACAGAUUUGAGUCUUAGUGGAAGAGGUUGCUGUAAAUUAUUCAUAAACAAUAACACAUUUUAAAAGCAAAAGUAAAUUUCAGAUAAUCAAAACAACUCACAGAUUCCUUUUUUAUUAAUGUCAUGUAUUUGGAUGUGGUUAAAUAAAAUGGAUUUUUGUUGAGAUUUUCUUUUUAAAUGAGAAUUGUUGAUUAGGUUUAUUGAAUACUGACGCAUUUCCCUGAUGAUGAGCAAUGAGCUAGAAUAAACACGAUUAUAUGAUUGA